UGCUGUUCUAGUUUUAAUACAGUUUGGUCGAGGUUUUAUUCAUUUGCGUUCUGUGAGGAGCUUCAAUGUAGGUGAAAUAACAUGUCUCAUAUGUACGGUAACGUCGAACCACCAGAGGAGACAAACGAAAAUGUUUAUGAGGAGUACAUAAAUCCCACUGCGUCACCUGGAGCCUCAAGACAAGAUGAUGCUGGUGAAAAAAACUCUGAAAGUAAGAAUCGAAAAAUCAGUUGGUAUAACAUCGCCAUAAGUACUGCUGUCGUCUUAUCUAUUGGACUAGCAGCAUGCGGAAUGAUUUUCACUGUUCAGAAUAAUAACAGAAUUCAAAAACUAAUGGAGGCAUUGGAAGUGGAAAUUGAGAAUAUCACGACCAAAGUGAUGCGCAGUCACGAAGAAUUGGAAGUGAAAAUUGAGAAUCUUACGACCAAAUUGAUGCACAAUCCUGAAGAAUUGGAGAUGAAAAUGGUAACGAUGAAUAAUCGUAUAAGAAAGAUUGAUACUGACACCACCUUGAUCCGCAUCAAUUAUAAAGAAUCGGAAUUGAAAAUUGAGAAUCUUACGAUCAAAGUGAUGAGCAAUCAAGAAUAUCUCAGUCAAGCAUUGUCUGCGGAUUGUUCGGAAUAUAGAGAAAAUUUAUCUCGACUUGGUCGGAGAGUUACUGCAGGAAAAGAAACAAUUUAUAUUACGUUAGAUGGAGAGAUUGCAAGUGUUAAUUGCGAUUUUAAUGAAUCGAACGAAUGGACAGUUAUUCAACGUAGAAUGGAUGGCAGUGUCGAUUUUUACAGAGGAUGGGAGGAAUACAAGAAAGGCUUCGGAAAUCCCGAUGGAGAGUUAUGGCUGGGUCUAGAUAAGCUCCACAGAAUGACAUCAAGAAAAAACUAUAGUUUACGAAUUGAUCUUUUGAACUGGGAAGGCGAAAGAAGAUAUGCAGCUUACAGUACCUUCCGAAUUGGAGACAAAGAUUCAAAUUAUCGUCUCACUGUAUCGGGAUACUCCGGAAAUGCAAAGGAUGGAAUGAAUCGUCACAACAAUCUUCCAUUCACCACGCAUGAUAGAGAUAAUGAUCAAAGCAGAAGUAACUGCGCUGUACGAUAUCACGGAGCAUGGUGGUAUGACAGUUGUUAUGCAGCAAAUCUGAAUGGAAAAUAUUACAAAAGUUCGUCAGGGCCUACAGGCAAUGGGGUAUCUUGGCAACAUUGGGACGAGGAUGAUUAUUCUCUGAAAUUUGUCGAAAUGAAGAUUAAGCCAAAUUAGCAAGCAACUUGCUAAUAUUGAUCAAAAUUGGAUCAAUGCCUAACAUCAGUGAAUAGAUCACUUUAUACAUGUUCGAAUAUGUCUCGUACUAUAAAUCAUCUUUGAGUUUCAAUGCCUCAUAACUGACUGAAUUUGGUGAUCGCAAUACAUUGCAGUAAUAAACUUUUUAACUUGGUAAAACAUCUGUUUUAUGGAACAGUUGCACCAACUGACCGUGACACUCGAAUGGUAUAAAAUUACGAAACUGUUCGAAUUCAAUUACAUCAUACGUUUGAAAUAUAUUUGUAUAUUUACUUUUUACUUGUGUACUUCAUUUUUGCAUA